UUCUACCAGUGGGCUUUGUAGUGAGUUGUGUGUUCUGUGCUUCAACAUGGUUCAACUAAUGAGUUUUAUUUUUGUCCUCACUGCACACUUUGCUACAGCAAGGCACCACUUCAACAAUAAACCAAGCUGUUACCAACCUGUGCCCAGGAAACCCAACUUUGGAGUGAAAACUUCAGCUCGUCCUCAUGAAUUCCUGAACCUUGCUCAGCUCCCAAAGUCCUGGGACUGGAGGAAUGUAAAUGGCAUAAACUAUGUCAGUACAACUCGUAACCAACACAUCCCUCAGUACUGUGGCUCCUGCUGGGCACAUGGCAGCACAAGUGCAAUGGCAGAUCGAAUCAAUAUCAAGCGGAGAGGAGUGUGGCCCUCUGCCUAUCUGUCAGUCCAACAUGUAAUUGACUGUGCUGAAUCUGGCACCUGUCAUGGAGGGGACCAUGGAGGAGUGUGGGAGUAUGCCCACAGACGUGGCAUCCCUGAUGAAACCUGUAACAACUACCAGGCAAUUGACCAGAAAUGUGAGCCAUUCAAUGCAUGUGGGACAUGCACAACCUUUGGGGAGUGCAAUUAUGUGCAGAACUACACAUUGUGGAAAGUGGGUGACUUUGGUGCCAUUAGUGGAAGAGACAAUAUGAUGGCAGAGAUCUUUACUGGAGGACCAAUUAGCUGCGGAAUCAUGGCCACAGAGAAACUUGACGAGUACACUGGGGGCUUAUACACAGAGUAUGUUGAGACUCCUGUCAUUAACCACAUUGUGUCAGUAGCUGGAUGGGGAGUAGAAAAUGGCACCGAAUAUUGGAUUGUGCGUAAUUCCUGGGGGGAGCCAUGGGGUGAGAAGGGUUGGCUCAGAAUUGUGACAAGUGCCUACAAAGGAGGAAGUGGAAGCCUGUAUAACCUUGCAUUGGAGGAAGACUGCAUGUAUGGCGACGUGAUUGUGCCCAAAAACUAUGUAUAGAGGUCACGGCCCACUGGAAUAUUAAUUCUGAAAAAUAAAUGUAUUGACAAUUACACUUUGUCUUUAAGAGAAAUCAAUUUGUCAUCACCUGGCUUGACUCCCAUGCAGAUGGGUGUGUGU